AUGAAAAGUAAAUCUCCAACAUGCUCUUUACUUCAACAUGCAUAUUGUGGCUUACCUCUUUCUCUAGGUCGAAGAAGUAUCUCGAAGGUUGAGAAAAUAGACUCAGAAAUAAAGGAAAACAACUCUGUGUUUAAAGAAAUGAUCAACACAAUCCAGGAUUUGACUAAUUAGUGAGCAUAAGAAAGAAAAGAAAGAGACCAACUUUUUCUCAGUAAAUAUGGAAGAAUUUAUUCAAAAAGAGAAGAUCAAAAUCAAGAAGAGAAGAAGCGGAGAGCGGACUAGAAACAAGACUGUGUUUUCUUUUAAGUCCUCUAACAACGUGAUCACGAAGAUAACUGGCAAGAACAUCAUUACAAAGAAAGGACUGUUUUAUAAGAAGGACACUAAUCUUCUAAAGUCAAAGAUUAUUAUUGAUGUUCCCAGUAGAACAUGACGAAGAAAUAAGAGACCUAUUAUGGCAGGCAGGUCUUUCAGCCAGUUCUGAGAUAGCAUUGCUGCUAAGCCCAAGUCUAAUAAAAGCCUUAGAAAAGCCUCAAUCUUGAUUAAUAAUUUUGAUAAAGCUCCUCAAAUUGAGGAAGAGAAGGUUGAAGAUAAUAGUUCAAAGAGAGCUUUUAUUACAGAAAAUGAUAUCUCCUUCUCUCAACCAGAAUCAGUAGGCCCUCUUCUUGGAAUACCCCAACAGGAGAAUCAAAUCAGCAAUUACUUUUUGCCUCGAUCUAGAUCUGGAAAUCUUGGGCACCUGAAUAAAUUAUCAAUAGAGCCAGAUCAAGAAAGGAGUGUUCGAGAAUACGAGAAAGAACUUGAGACUAAGAUAAAAGAGGGUAGUACAACUUACAGCGCCUCCUUCAUCAGUGGGAGUCGGAAGAAAGCUCAGGACUUGCUCACAUGGUUAGACAAGAAGCUUAAGGUCUGUGAACCCAAGAUGAUUGGUCAUAAAAGAUUCAGGAAUUCAUCUAUGAUUAAAGACUCAAUGGUCUCUGUAAACAGUGUUGAUCUAACUGCGAAGGAAUUUAAAGAAAGGGAUGCUAAUACAGAUGAAAUCCUUUCCAUUUAUGAAGCCGGCUCUAAAGAACUAGUCAAGCAGGUUUCCAAGACGUGUUCCGAGAGAGGCAAGGUCAUUGAGAAGAUUUUCGCUGGUAUGAAAAAUUUGUAUCAGAAGUUCAAAAUAGACUAUAAGACGAAAGCCCGGGAGUAUAAGAAAAAUUAUGAAUCAAAAUUGCACCAACUUGUGUUUCAGCACAGAUCAUUGGUUGAGUACAAAGAAAGCAUUCAUGAAUCCCUUCAAAAUGAGUUUAAUAACAAACAGGAGGAACUAAAAGAGAUGACAGAUAGGCUUUCAGAUCUUCAGAGCAGAUUUGAUCAGUUAGAACAGGACAAAGAUUCUUGACAGCAAACCAUGGAAUUCCUUAAACAAGAAAGAGACCAAUUCAAGGACGACUCCAACUAUUACAAGUUCAGGGUUUAUGAGUUAAAGGAGAAGUAUGAGGAAGAGCAAUCUGAAGACUUAAUUUCUUCUGACAACGUCUACAGUCAGAUUAAGGAUAAAACAGAAAUACCUGAGGAGAUUACUCUUCCACAAAAAUACGUGUCUCAUAUAACAAGAUUGCAUGAACAACUAUUCGAUAAGAUACUAAGAAAGAUAACCAUGAACCCUUAUAAUUCAUUCAAUAUGAAUACUAGCAAGUCGAUCAUGGAGAAAAUGGAAGAGAUCAAAGAAAUUGCUAUUUCAAAUUUGAACAUUUAUUCUUUGAUGGCUCCAUAUAUCAAUAGGAAUAAAACUGUGCAAACUGAUGAAACCCCUACAACAACUGUGGGAACCCAACUACGAGCAUUCAAUAGCCCUAGACAUGUUAAAGGCUUCUCUGUAGAUGAGUUUUCUGAUAAUAGCUCUGAAAAAUCAAUUUUUAAUAGUCAAAGGAGACAUGCCAAAUCAGAAAUGACAAAGAUUCAUGAAUCUGGGAUCAAAGUAAAAAGUCAAGGUUUAAGAGAUAAGGUUGUACAUAACACAAAAUUAUCAGCCAAAUUAAAAAUUAUUAAAAAGAGAAAUGACAAACUUCAAAAAGAAAACGAGCAAAUGAAAACCCAAUUUAAUACAAAAAAAGCACAAAAAUCUAAAUAAACUAUA